GCGCAUGACGUUUUUGUAAACACAGUGAACGCUCAGACGGGAGACAGAGAACAGAAUCGCCGUGCCUAAAUAUUAUAAUGGCAACCAGACUUCCCUUGUCAGAAGAGGACCUGAGCUGCCCGAUAUGCUGUGACAUUUUCAGAGACCCUGUAGUGUUGAAGUGCAGCCACAGUUUCUGUAACCCGUGCCUGCAUCAGUACUGGGACCAGAAACACGCACCUAGAAAUUGUCCUCUCUGUCGCACGGAGUCCGUGGACGAACCUGUGGCCAGCCUCACCCUGAAAAACCUUUGCGACUCGUUGAUCGAAGAAGGCAUCUCCAUGCCACCGGCUUCCCGAGAAGAGUGUGAACCGGGGGAGCUAUGUCAGCAUCACGGCGAGCGACUGAAACUUUUCUGCCUGCUCGACCGAGAGCCUAUUUGCGUGGUCUGUCACACCUCCCGAAAACACAAGAACCACGAGUGCUGCCCUGUGGAAGAAGCCGUAAUUGACGUUAAAGAGGAAAUGAAGUGUGCUCUGAACACACUUCAAGAAAAGUGGGACGUGUUUGACAAAAUGAAAAGUAGCUUUGAAAGCACAGUCGACCACAUAAAGGCCCAAGCCCAGCAAACUGCCACGACCAUCCAGGACGAAUUCGAAAAACUCCAUCACUUUCUGCGCGUGGAAGAAGCGGCGCGUCUUGCCGCGCUGAAGAGAGAAGAGGACAGGAAGACCCAGCAGAUGAACGAGAAGGUGCAGGAGGUGGCCAACAGCAUGGACGCCCUCGCGGAGACCAUCAAGGCCAUCGAAGAGGGCAUGGAGAUGGAAAACCUCGCAAUCCUCCACAAAUGCAAGAAAACACUACUAAGGGCCCAGUGCACCUUUCCGGAGCCCACUAUGAACCCAGGAGCACUCAUCAACGUGGCCCGCUAUCUCGGCUCGCUGAAGUUCAGGGUGUGGGAGAAGAUGCUUGGUGUAGUCAAAUACACUCCAGUCACCCUUGACCCCAACACGGCAGCCCCGUGGCUCAUCCUGUCCGACAAUCUGACCAGCGUGCGGGACGGUGAUGCCCGGCAGCCGCUACCCGACAACCCGGAGCGCUUCUGUCCGGACACGGCGGUGCUGGGCUCGGAGGGCUUCAGCUCGGGACGGCACUGCUGGGAAGUGGAGGUCGGGGAGAACACCGCCUGGGUGCUGGGCGUCGCCAAGGAGUGGGUGCAGCGCAAGGAGAAGGUUUCGUCGGUGCUGAAGAAUGGCUACCUGUCGGUCUACUACUACCACAAGAUGUACUUUGCGGGCACGUCCCCCCUGACCCGGCUCAACCUGAAGAAGCGGCCCCAGCGGGUGCGCGUGGUCCUGGACUACGAUCGCGGCCGAGUGGCCUUCUCCGACGCGGCCGACGGCAUGUCCAUCUACACCUUCAAGCACAGCUUCGCCGAGAAGGUCUACCCUUACUUCUGGGUGGGCUGCAAACUUUGCCCCCUUAAGAUCGAGCCCAGGGAGCUGUGCGUGACCUCCGCCGAUCACAUGUGAUGUGGUGGGCUGCGUACA